AUGCCGAAUAAAUCCGCCCCAGAGCUGUCAUCCGUUCUCGUCGACAACUAUCAUUUCUUUGUGCCAGCGGUUUUUCUUGCUCUUCUUGAGCUGUUUUUCUCUCGCUUCUACGACUCGUUUCCAGAAACCCUCAGAUACGGUAAGUCACCGGUUAAUAGCCAUCCGACACCUCACUCACAGAGUAUUCGUCACUCUUCUCCAUACUUCUCAUUUGCUCAGUGCCGCUUUCCGUGCUCAACCCGACGGCUUGGUUCUCCAUUUUCAUGACCACUUUCGUUCACAUGCUCUUUCUCAAAGGUGCUUCUGAUGCUCUCAUCGGUUUAAUUCUUACUUUCCAGGCUUCUUCUCAUUUGCUCUUUUGUCUGCGCUGGUCCUGUUUCUCGGUCUGGCCGUUGACAGGAUCAGAAGGAAAUCAAUAGAGCCUAUCAGUCCUUGCAUCGUCUGA